UGACUGUAUUUAUUGCCACAUAAAACACAAACAGAGCCAUGUAAAAAUACAGCACAGCUAUUGUAAGAAACUUUCACAGGUAUAUAUGUUUUAAAUAUAAUAAUUCUUAUCUUAUUUUAUUUCAAAAUUUGACAAGCAGGGUUUUUUUCCGUAAGUACGCGAAGGUAACACGGAUCCAUAGCAACCAAAGUUCCAGUGCAUCAUAGCAACCAUGGAGCGCGAGCUUUCAGCGAUGACAGAAAAAGACAAGGAAGUAACUGAACAGAAAGAGCUUUAUUACAACCAGGUUAAAGGACCAAGGUAUUCUAAUGCAGCCCUGCUGGCAGAGAAUGACACAUUUGAAUGCUUCAUUGGCCGUUUGGAUCCUCAGGACCUGGAGCUUCAGGGUGAGGGAGCUGGUCCAGACGCAGCAGGAGACUCAAAGUUGGAGAAGUUUAAUCUGAAAAAUCAGACAUUGCAGCUCCAGGAGAAGAAACUCCUGCAGCAACUCCAACAGCAAAAACAAGUGGGAAAACCAGAUUAUGAGGUUUUUUACCAGGAGUAUGAUGAGCCCAGAGCUGACAAAAGCCUUGAUGAACUUCGACACAACAGUUUUAAAGUACAACGAGCUCUUAGCAGACACAAGGAGAAGCUGCAAAGUGUGACACUGGACUGUACAGAACUAAGUAACCAAAUUGCCAAAAAAAACRUACUGCUUGCAAAACUUGACGAGGAGAUAGAGCAGGCUGAGAAGGAUCGUUUAAAGGCGGCGAGCCUCAACCAACUCCUGCGCACGGAGCUCUCAGAUCAUCAGGCUCCUGAUAUCAUGGAGUACAUGUACGCCAAGGACAAACAGAAGAGGCUGCAGCAGAGCAUUCRCAGCUGGGAGAGAAAGGUUGCAGUUGCUGAGAUGGCCAUGAAGACGCAGAUAAGAGAGCGACGCAAACAGAGAGUUGCUCUUACUCCUGCAAACAGCACAGAGUCUGGGUUUGUGUCUGGUAAAGGUCAAAUUCCAAUAAAGCUCCCACACAUAGCAGAAAAUCAAGCUUAGAUAAGUGAAAACUUAGAACCACUGAAGGUUAUAAUCAAGAUUAAAAAUAAGUUGAUAUUGCUACUUAAAAAAAACGUUAGAUAUUUAGCAUUUUAUUGUUGUCCAAGUGUAGAAACAAAACAGUCAGAUUAUAGUCAGUGAUUUUAUCACACAAAAAUCAUUAAGAAGUGUAAUAAUGUUUAAUAAAUAUAAAAACUAAGCUG